AUAUUUACAAAAAAAUAUUAAAAUUUAAUAAAAAUAACUUACUCAUCAAUAAACUUGUUUUAAUAAAAAAAAUUUAUCUAGAAAAAAAAAAUUACUGUAUAAAAAAAAUAUUUUAGGUCAAAAUAAAGAAAAAGCCUAAAAGUAUUUUUAGUUACUUAUUCGAACGGUCAACGUAUUAAAUUCAAACUUCAAAAUACUCAAGAGUUAGUAAACGUGGUACAAUUGUGCAUGUGAGGGAAUACAUACAGACUCCCGUUACCAAAUAUAAAGUUGUGCAGACUCUCCUUCCAAAUUUCCAAUCCCAAGUGCAGAGACGAAAGAGGAGAAAAGAGUUUACCGUUUCUCCAAGUUUCUUAACCAUCUAUUGAUUUGUCUGUUGUAUUUCACAUUAGUCAAUGUCACAGAAUCCUUUGCCAACUAAUGGAGAGGGACACAAUCCCCUUUGGUUGGCUUGUAUAAACCAAAUCUCUGCUACGGCCGAGCUCCUAAGACAACUUGAAGAGCAAAAGGUGCAAAAUGAAGACAACUCAAAGCAGAAGGAUAAUGAUGAUUUGAGGGAUUUAAAUCAAACUCUUAUAGUGAAAGAGCGGCAAAGCAAUGAAGAGCUACAAGAAGCUCGUAAGAUACUAAUUACGGGUUUGUCACAUGUUUUGAGCGAUAAAACUGAUAUUGUGAUAAAGAGAAUGGGGGAAAUAGAUGAGAAGCCAUUUCUCAAUAAAUUCAAGAAAAGUUACCGAGUUGAUGUAGCGAUGGUAAAGGCCGCCGAGAUGCAGUCCUCGUGGCAGGAGAAGUUGAGCAACCCUGAGUGGCAUCCAUUUAAAGUUGUCAUUGUCCAAGGAAAUCCCCAUGAAGUACUGAAUGAAGACGACGAGCAGUUAAAAUACUUGAAGAGAAGUUCGGGAGGUGAAAUAUAUAAAGCUGUUACCAAAGCGUUGAAAGAGAUGAAUGAAUAUAAUCCGAGUGGAAGAUAUGUGGUUUCGGAGCUUUGGCUUCUGAAAGAAAAUAGAAGAGCCAGUUUAAAAGACGUUAUUAAUUUUAUGUUGCAGAACAUGAACAAUCCCAAACCCAAGCCCAAACGCAAAAGAGGUCUUGAAGAAAGCUCGGGAAAGAGUGGAUCAAAAGACAAAUAUAUAUAGUAACAAGAAGCUGAUCAAGUGAGUAGUUGAGAUGGAGAAUUUCAAAAGAUCAAAAGAGAGAAAAGAUGUUAGUGGAUGAAAUUGAAGUAUAACGGAAAGGAAGUGGCUGUGGAAGUGGAUGGUGGGAAAUUAAUCAAACACUUGCAUUUUUCAAACUUCAAACAAGCUUUAAACUUUUAAGACUUCAUGUUUUUCCCUGUUUUUGCCAUUACACAUACAGAUUAUCUUUUUUGAUCAUGAGAAUAUAUUAUGGCAUCCAAUUUGCCAACAUAUAUGACCCUGCUCGUGCUUGUUAGUUGCAGUCUUUUCAUUACCUAAAGGUUAGGGAAGAGAAGAAAACUUCCUCCCAAAUGGAGGAGAUUUUCUCAAGCAUCUAAAUAAUUUUGUAUAUGUUGAUUAUAUUGUGCUAUUCAUGCAUGU